UCCCUCCACGAUGGCACGCAAGCUCAUGUACCCACGGAUCCUCGCAGUGCUCGCACUCGUCAUGGCGACGGCGUGGACGCCGUGCUCCGCGGACACCACGGUGCCAACGAUGUCCCCAGCAGCGGCAAGGGGAGACAACGCACCCGUCCGAGCUGCUGCAAGUGCGCCGGUAAGUUCAACAGUCGCCGUACCUGCAGCCGGUGCAGCGACAACGCAAGCCACGGCCAUGACGUCCAAGAAGAUCCCGUUGGCGCCACCAGACGUGGUCGAGCCGGCAGCGGAGGUGGUGUCGGCGCUGCCGGUGCCGGUCCCCGAGACUCUUCCCAGCGCAGAAGGCCUUGGCUUCGGCAGCAGCGGGUUCAACGGUGGCCAGGGCGGCUUCGGAUGCUGCGGAGGUUUCGGGUACAACGGUGGGCUCGGCUACAAUAACGGACCGUUGUUCUUCAACUCGGCGCCGGCGAGAAGAUUGAGCCUGACGAGCAUGGCGACCGGAAAUGGCCUCGCGGCUCUGCUGGUUGCUGGUGCUGCGGCGAUGUUUUAUGUGUGAUUUGUACUGUACUAGUUUUUAUUAUUUUUUGGGGAAGGGGCAUGCAUAUAUGUUUGCAUCAACUGACAUGUAUCACAGGCAGUUAAUACUCCAAAUUUAAAGUAAGAUCAUAAUAAUAUA